AUGGCAUUGUUCUCCAAAUUCCCAAUCUUCUGCAUGUUCAUGCUCUGUGCCUGUGCAACUUUCUUCACCACAGCUUACUCCGCGGCGCCGGCACCCGCCGUGGAUUGCUCCAGUUUGGUGCUCAACAUGGCGGACUGCCUGUCAUUUGUGACCGCUGGGAGCACUACAAAGAAGCCUGAAGGAACUUGUUGUUCUGGCCUCAAAACUGUGCUCAAAACAGACCCUCAGUGUCUCUGUGAAGGCUUUAAAAAUAGUGCACAAUUUGGUGUCACUCUCAAUGUCACUAAAGCCUUGGCUCUGCCCUCUGAAUGCCAUGUCUCUGCGCCUUCUGUUAGUAACUGUGGCUUGAGCAUUGGCUCUGUCACUGGUGCUGCUCCAGCUCUUUCUCCAUUGCCAUUGCCUCCUAGCUCAGUCGCUGGUGCUCCAAGUACUGGUAUUGUUGCUAAUGAAAUUGCUCCUACACCGGCUGCCGGAAGCUCUGGUUCUUGUGGACUCAUCAUCUCCUUGGGAAUGUUUUUCCUCACCAUGGUAGUUGCUGCAUCACUUGCUAUCUUCUGA